AUGCAUGACUAUAAUGCUGUUGGUCAAUCAUUGCCACCAGUUUUCAUAUUCCCUAGGGUAAGAAUGAGUGAUCUUCUUAUGAUUUUAGCUCCUGAGGGAAGCUUAGGUCUUCCUAAUUCAACACAAAGUGCUUGGAUAAAUUCAGUACUUUUUGUUAAAGUGCUCGAACAUAAUAAAAAUCAUAUUAGGUGUACUAAAGAAGACAAAAUAUUACUUUUAAUGGACAACCAUGAGUCUCAUUGUUCACUUGAGGCUGUUACUUAUGCAAAAGAAAAUGGUAUUAUGUUGGUAAAUUUUCCUCCUCACUGUACACAUACCUAA